AUGACGCCUCCAAUGAUUUCUUUCUGUGUUACAUGUCUGCUCUGGGGAGCAAUGGUUCAUUUGACAGCUCCAAAACGACCAUCAACUUUAAGACUUGUACCAGUUAAUGUCGGUGAGGAAGUGACUUUGGAAUGUUUCCAUCAAAAAGACAGUCUUGCGAUGAUGUUUUUCUGGUACAAGCAAACUCUGGGACACAAACCAGAGCUGGUGUCUACAUACUAUAAGUAUGAGAGAAAUGGUAUUUUUAAUGAUGAUUUGAAGACCAAUCCACGGUUUCAACUGGAAACUAGCAGAGGUAAAAAUCACCUGAAGAUCUCAAAUGUGCAAAUGUCAGACUCAGCUACCUACUACUGUAUAAGUUGCUACUUAUACAAGUGUGAAUAUUUGGAGGACAUUAUCAUCCAAGUAGAGAGUUCAGGUUUGAACUUGCAAGCUUUGGUUGAGCAGUCGGCAUCUGAGACCAUCCAGCCAGGAGAUGCUGUGACUCUGAGCUGUACAGUACAUACUGGGACCUGUGAUGAAGAACACAGUGUUUACUGGUUCAAAGAUGAAGAAGAAUCGCAUCCAGGACUCAUUUACACCCAUGGAGGCAGGAAUGAUCGGUGUGAGAGGAAACCCAACACACAAACACAAACCUGUGUCUACAACCUGCCACUCAAGAGCCUGAAUCUGACUGAUGUAGGGACCUACUAUUGUGCUGUUGCCUCAUGUGGACGCAUUCUGUUUGGAAACGGGACCAAGCUGGACUUUGAAGAGGAGGCUGGCUCUCUGGUCUUGGUGUAUGUCUUGAGUGGAGCUUUGGGAUUCAACACCAUUCUGGCAGUUUUACUGGCUUACAAAGCAUAUGCUAUGGACAAGACAAAGAGCUGCAAAUGCGCAGCAACUCGAGAGACAUCUUCAGCAGCCUCAGCUCCAAAUGCAGAGGUCUUCCAAGAUGAAGAUAGUCUCCAUUAUGCUGCUUUGAGGCAAAACAAGGUCAACAGAUCAAGAAGGAUCAAAGAUGACAACAUGAUUGAAUGUGUAUACUCCAGUGUACGGCAGUAGAGCAGGACUUUUUUCAUUUGUGUUUUGUUUCUAUGUUAGCAGAAAUGUCAACUUGAUCAGAUGUUUUCUUCAUAAACUAAAUGUAAAAUGUUGCCUUGCAAAAAAAAAAAAAAGAAUCUUUAGCUGCAGUCAGGCCAGGUUACUUUAACGUGACUGAAGGUGCCCCUUAUUUCCAUUCUCGCUGUGUUUGUCAUUUACAAAGCAAGAGACCACAUACACCUCAGCAUGCAACAAUGAAGCAUACGGAAAUGAGUCCUACCAGUGUGGUAGUGUUCUCACACACAGAGCAUGGUGAUAACAAACCUCAUAUAAACCAGCUAUAGAAAAAGCAUGUGGCAUAAAACAUAUCUGUCCGAUUUUGAAUCCCUGCCCUACGUGACGUCUGUUUGCGCUUCCAGCUUGUUUACUGUAAACGUGUUGAUAGCACACCACAAACCCAGAGACGUGAGUAUCUUUUUUUAGUCUCUGAGCGGCUGACAGUUGUUUAGCUCUUAGUAUAUUUCAGUCAUCUCUAGGACCCUCUGCUCUCGCUUUGGUCUCAAACAGGAUGUGCCUGCUGUUUUCAUGCAUUGCAGCCACACAGUACAAAACUGACAGUAGAUAAGAAAGACAUUAUUCUAGCAACUGAAAGUUAUAACAUGGUUUUCCUAAUGUUGAUUGUGCUAAACUUAUAAAAUAAUAACUAGUAACAUUUGUGCAUAUGCACUUAUUUAUUUCAUUUUUUCCCACAAAAUUAAUUGGAGUGCUAUGUAAUACAACUAACACAAUGAGGGGAUUCAGUGGGGAGUGGUUUAAUACAGAAAAAGUCCACAGCAGCUUGAGACAUAAUGCUUUGAUUGACUAAGCAUUUCAUUUUUAUUUUCUUUUGGUGAAAGAAGAAAUGAUAUUGUGCAUGUGUCUAUCAAUGCAUUUUUUUCUGAAACAAGAACAAUGUUGAUACAUUGUACCAAAAGUAAUAAACUAAUAAAACAAGUGGC